CAUUAUUUGCUUUCUCUUCUAUUUUCUUUCCUCCUUUUCCAAACGGUGUAAAUGGAUCCGACCCCAUGAUGGGUAAAACGAGCCUCCUCAUUUCCGUAACUAGCUCGGCCUGCAGUAUAUGAUCAUGUCUAGUAAAAUCUAAUCAAACACAUUUGUGAGAGUGAACAUUGGCGGCAAGGACGAUGGAAGGGAGGCGUGUAAGGAGGUUUGGAAGGGGACAAACUAACACUCUGCUACCUCUCCAAACUUCAGAAACCCGAACCCGUCGUCUAUCAAACACCAUUUCUUGCUUGUAUUGCGAUUACAAAUUCUCAGUUCUAAAUGGGCCACUUUUUCGUUUUGGAAGAAAGCACGCCAGGUUUUUCAAGAUAUGGUUUUCGAUCGGCGUCGGUUUUACCCUAACCGCACUGCUCGUUGUCACUAUGAUUCUUACAUGGGAAUUAGGAAAUGCUCUGCAUAUUUUUCGUGGAAAAGCGAAGCUUGAUGAUGGCUUCAGUUCCUUAUUGUUUGGAUUUUCCCCUCGGGUGUAUGGUUUGAGACUAUCAGUUGCUGAUGCUGCUUAUUUAUUGUUUUCUACUUUGAUAUCUGUAUCUGUGCAUGAAUUUGGGCAUGCCAUUUCUGCUGCCAGUGAGGGCAUACCGACAGAAUAUAUAGCCAUUUUUGUUGCAGUUCUUUUUCCUGGUGCUCUGGUGGCUUUCAAUUAUGAGUUGCUGCAGAUUUUAGAGUGCUUUGCUGCUCUUCGUGUAUAUUGUGCUGGCAUUUGGCAUAAUGCUGUGUGUUGUGCAGCUUGUGGAUUGUUAUUAUCCCUCCUGCCCUUGAUCUUGUGUCCCUUUUUCAUACAUGGUGAAAGCCCCAUGGUUCUGUAUGUACCUUCUUCCUCUCCAUUGUCUGGUUAUUUGUCUCCUGGUGAUGUAAUUAUGUCAUUGGAUGGUAAACGCAUCCGUAACGAACGAGAAUGGAUGGAGAUGGCUGCUUUAGUGCAUGAACAGGCAUUUCAAAGUUCAAAUCAUUCAGAAACUUCUAAAGUUCUUUCCACUGUUCAUAGCAGAAAGGGUUAUUGUGUUCUUAAUUCUCUCAUCGAAGAAAGCAAGAAGAUUAAUUUGGUAGGGAAUCAAUCUACUUGUCCUAGUGAUCUUACUGAAUUUUUAGCUAUUAAAUGCUUUGAUCCUAGUAAGUUAGAUGAUAUCAGCAAUGAAGAUAGCCAUCUGGAUGAAAAACAGAGUUUUCACUGCUUGAGUGCUAGUGAUGUUGUCAAACUUGAUAAAUGUGGUUAUGGAUGGUCUACAGAAAUAACCAAUAGAAGCAGCUGCUUAUGUUCACAGGAUGAAUCUUGUUUGAGCCCUGUCCAGUUGCCAGGGUUAAUAUGGGUUGAAAUCACCUAUUCAAGCUCGUAUUCUCCAGAAUGCUUGCAACCUGGAGGAAACUUUUCUUCACAUGCUGAAACUGCAGACUUCAUGGAAAAAAACUGUGGUGGGACUUUUGUUUUUGUUGGUGAUGUGUUCUUCAUGGCACACUCAAUUCAGUUAACUGCUUAUCGACCUCGUUGGGCAUUUACUUCCAGUGCAUAUCUUCCAAAGGUUCUGGAGAAGGGCUUAAUAUGGACAUUUCAAGUUUCUCUUACUCUAGCUCUCCUCAACAGCUUGCCAGUAUAUUUUUUGGAUGGUGAAUCCAUUUUAGAGGCGGCUCUAUGUCACUUCACUUUGUUGGACCGAAGGAACAGGUCAAAAGUACUUCAAGCCUGUCUUACAGUGGGGACUAUCAUUUGCGUGCUGGCCUUUAUGAGGAUCUUCUUCAACUUUUUAUAAUCAACAAACAGGUGGAUGAGACUUUCAUCAGUGUUUACAACUGGCCCAUCUUCAUGUAUUUCUUCAUGUGGUACUGUUCUUCAGGUCACUUGGUCCUUUAGGAGGAAAGAAUGCCAUUGCCAUUCAGAAAAAGAACCUCAAGUUGCAAGUAUUUGAUGGCAGUUUUGUCACGCCCACUUACUGGGCAACCAUAAUACAACUUGAGCAUGGCACCGCAGGUAUUGAAUUUUCUCUCACAUCAGAGAGGUUAAAAUCUAGAACAAAAUAUGAACAUACUGUCAUUUUGUAAAUAGUUGAAUACAUGAGUAAAAUAAUCUCAUCAUUUUGGUUCAUCAUGUUCUUGAAAUACAUUUUUCUGCCCUUAUGAUUCAAAAUAUUCAUCCAUCGAGCUUUAUUUUUUGUUUCAA